UGUUGAAUUGAAUUCAGUUUCUUUAGUUCACUUCCCUCUUUCAAACGAAUCAAAAUUAAUAGAUUAUUCAUUUAUUUAUGAAUCGGAAUAAGCCUGUGAAAGGAUUCGCGUCCCCUUUAGUCGGUCGAUCGCAAACAAAUGUCGAGGAAACUAAGGUAUUCGUAAGUCAGGAAAAAACAAUGAACAGUUCAAUGAAAAAGACUCUUAGAAGUAACUUGCAGAUUUUGAACUUGUUUCAAAAGGCAAUUCAAGAAAAUAAUGAGGUCAAUCAUGAUGUCGAAAAUAAUCUACCGAAAAAACGAAAUAUCGAUUCUCUUGUUCACGAAAAAGAAUCGUCUACUGUUGGUUCGUCCUUAACAGACAGGACGAAAAUAAUUUUCAACAUUGUAUAUGGCAAAGUAACUUCAAAAAAACACAAAACAUGGGACGGCGACGGUUUGCUGGAAGUGAUUGGAAAAAAUGCAGUUUUUAAGGAUAUGGAUGGUAAUAUUAUGGGAAGAACUAAGAUUGAUCCAAGUAAUGCAGUAGAAGGCUUCAGAUUGAUUAUAGGAAAUAAACAAAUUGAGAUUAUAGAACAAGUAUCAAAACUAUCCAUACCAGAGGAGCAUCCCGAGGAAAGAGUAGAGAAACCAUUAUCUAAAAAAUUAAAAAUAUCUACACUUUCAAAUGUAUCAAAGAUAAAAGAAGAUUCUUCAGAUUAUAAAAGAGAAACCUCGAGUGUUGAUUCAUCUCAAGCAGAUACAAAAAUUGUCUUCAAUGUGAUGUAUGGUAAAGUAACUUCAAAAAAGCACAAAACAUGGGAUGGUGAUGGUUUGUUAGAAGUGAUUGGAAAAAGUGCAACUCUUAAGGACUUGGAUGGAAAAAUUAUGGGAAAAACUAGGAUUGAUCCGAAUAAUGCAGUAGCAGGUUUCAGAUUUAUCAUAGGACAGAAACAAAUUGAAAUUACAGAUGAGGUAUCACAAGAGCUUGUGCCAGAGAAAAAUUCUAAGAAAAUAAUAGAGGAAUCUUUGCAAAACAGAUUGCAAGCCUCUACCAAACCAUUUGUGCCUUUGCUAUCACCUACAAAAACAGGAUUGGUAUUAAAUCAUGAACCUUUGGUAAUGCCAUACAUGAAUUCUUGUGCUGCGUGGAUAAGUCCGGAGAAUCUACAAAAGGAGCAGGAAGUCUUGGUUGACUCCUGUUUAGCAGCUAAACUUAGAGAACACCAACGUCAGGGAAUUGUAUUUCUUUACGAAUGCGUAAUGGGAUUAAGAGCGUCAGAUUAUUUUGGUGCGAUUUUGGCGGAUGAAAUGGGCCUCGGCAAAACCUUGCAAUGUAUUACAUUAAUUUGGACAAUGCUGAAAAAGGGCCCAUAUGGCAAACCGAUUGUGAAACGUGUGCUAAUUAUAACACCUAGUAGUUUGUGCAACAAUUGGGACAAAGAAUUCACAAAAUGGUUAGGCAGUCAUAGAAUAUCUCCGUACGUUGUGAAUGGAAAAAACAAGCCUAAGGACUUUAAUAAGCAUCCGAGGAAUUCGGUGAUGAUUAUUAGUUAUGAAAUGUUCAUGAAAUCUCAUGUGGAAAUCAAUGAGAUCACCUUUGACUUAAUUAUAUGUGACGAAGGCCACAAACUGAAAAAUAGCGAUAUAAAAGCAGCGAAGCUGUUAUAUGAAAUAAAUUGCAAAAAACGGAUUAUUUUAACGGGUACUCCUAUACAGAACGAUUUGAUGGAAUUUUAUACAUUGAUCGAUCUUGUUAAUCAUGGGAUUCUCGGCACUCCUGUUGAAUACAAACAUUAUUACGAAGGUCCUAUCGUCGCGUCUCAGUGUCCUCAUGCGGACGACGAUGUUCUCAGUUUGGGGAAUGAAAGAGCCAAAGAAUUGCACGAGCGCACCAAGCCUUUCAUUCUGAGACGUACACAACAAGCGAUAAACAAAUAUCUGCCGAGUAAAAAUGAAAUGGUUUUAUUCUGCUCUUUAUCCAGCGAACAACAGGAGUUGUAUUCUCUUGUUACUGAUGCUUGGUACAACAAGCUUUGCAUACAAAAUAAAAAUAUUAUGCAUUUAUCCAUUAUUACUGCUCUCAAAAAGAUUUGUAACCAUCCAAAUCUGUUCAUAAAUGACAAGGAAAAUGCAUUACACGACAUUUUACCAAAGACAACGGCUCGAACACAGCAGGAUGAAAAUUUUACCAAGUAUUGCGGGAAAGUCACAAUUGUACAGACAUUGAUGAGAAAUUUGAAAAAGACUGACGAGAAGUUAGUGUUGGUUUCCUAUUACACACAGACACUAGAUCUUCUUGAAACUGUAUGUACAAUGGAAAGAUUAAAAUUCUUGAGAUUAGAUGGUAGUACUUCAAGUUCAACCCGAUCGAAAGUUAUCGAACAUUUCAACACACAAACUGAUGAUAGCAGAGUCUUCUUAUUAAGUGCGAAAGCCGGUGGAGUUGGUUUAAAUUUACCAGGAGCAUCUAGGCUUGUGCUGUUUGAUUCUGAUUGGAAUCCAGCAUCCGACGCGCAAGCUAUGGCAAGAAUCUGGAGAGACGGGCAGAAGAGGGAUGUUUACAUUUAUAGAUUAUUGACAACAGGUACGAUAGAAGAAAAAAUAUAUCAAAGACAAAUCAGCAAAAUCGGUUUGAGUGAGUCUGUAGUGGAUUUGAAUCAUCUUGGGUCUCUAAAACUAUCAGCUACAGAAUUAAAGGAUUUGUUUACGCUGACAACUGAUACAGUCUCACUAACACAUGAUUUAAUGAAUUGCUCUUGUUCUGGCCAAAACAACGAACAUUUGUCUACUGAAAAAUUAGAAGCGAGUGAUAACGAGACACGUGAUUGCCAAUUUACAAUACAAGAUAAAUCGUCGGAAAAAAAUUUAACUAUGAAUCAACUUUUAGAUUGGCAACAUUAUAAGCAACCAAUACCGCUUGACAUUAUGCAGGGCAUUAUGUUAACGGAAAUAAGUGCUAAUAUAACAUUCAUAUUUAAAAACUCUACAACGCAACACAACUAAGGAGAAAUAAAAUUAUAUCUAUUUUAA